AUGGUGAACAGCCUGUGGUUCAAGUGGAAGAAGCUCCGUUUGCCCUGGCGGAAGUCUUUCUUGGUUGGCCAGGACCUUAAGGGCAACACCUUCUGGGAAUUCAAUGAUGUGAUGAACGCAGCCCGGAUGCGACGAAUUGUCAGAUUCGACCCCAAAACACAUUACAGCGACGUCCAAGUCACGCCGCAAUGGCACCAAUGGCUACGACAUGUCCGCGAACACCCACCUAGUAUCCAAGAGCAACAACAAGAUCUGGUCCGGCAAGCGCAAAUGAAGGAGCUUGCUCGGCUGGCCGAUGAGCGCUGGGCCAGCAAACCAUCUUACCUCGAUAAACCGAAGACCGAACCACUUCCUCAAACGACCAAUGCGCAGAUCACACCGGAGCAGCAGGCCUCCCCAUCCCCCGAGGCGACGAAAUCCGAACCUGCCUCUGCCGAGAAAAAGGAGAACCCUUGGAAUAACGCUAGCACUGCCAACCCAGGAGAGGAAUGGCAACCUGAGGCCUGGUCGCCGAGCUCCAAGCGGUGA